AUGCCUAGCAGAGUGGUUGUCGCGUUUGACGCGUACGGUACCCUCUUGUCGACCGAGUCCAUCGCCAAGCAGCUUGCAGAGCAUUUCGGGCAAGAUCGGGCGCAGAACAUAGCUGCAACAUGGAGAAAAUACCAGCUGGAGUAUACUUGGAGGCUCAACAGCAUGGAUCAGUAUGAGCCCUUCUCAGCCAUCACUCAACGCUCCUUGAAGCACGCCCUCAAAGAGUCAAACGUCUCGCUGGCGCAAAACGACGUUGAAGCCCUGAUGAAAGCCUACGACUCGCUUUCCAUUUUCCUAGACGUCGCCCCAUGCCUCACGUCCCUUAAAUCCCAAGCCUCAGUCACAGCCGUUGUGUUCUCCAACGGAACUCAAGCCAUGGUGUCCAACAGUAUCAACCAUUCGCCCGACCUUGCUCCGCACGCUUCCGUAUUCUCAGACAUUGUGGUUGUCGAGCCGGUCAAGAAAUACAAGCCUGCGCCCGAGGUCUACAUGCAUCUUGCUGAGAAGGUUGGUAAGAAGCCGACUGAAAUGGAUGACUUGUGGCUGGUAAGCGGCAACCCGUUCGACGUUGUCGGAGCCAGGGCGGUGGGGAUGAAGGCGGCGUGGGUGGACCGCGCUGGCAAUGGAUGGCAGGAUGCUUUGGUUGCUGGACAGGCGGGGGAGCCGACGGUCGUUCUGAAAAGCUUAGAAGACCUCCCGGCCAUCCUCGAAAAACGUGCGUCGGCUUAG